GUGACUCAUCACUCUGCAGUGCACACAGGCUUCUGUAUCAAUAAAGUUAUGUAUUCAACAAAAACAAGAAGGGGAGAAAGUGAAGGGAUCUGCCAGGAUAAUGUGAUGUCUUCCAGUGCAGAAGGAAAGCUCCGACAAGAAACCAGGUUGCUACAAUAUAGGAUCUGCCAAGUUGAUAUAUUCUAUAUAAGGUUGUGGUCCUGAUUGACCCAUCAAGGAUGGAUAGGGAUGGGGACAAGAUAGCAGAGAGUAUAAUAAAUCUUACCCUAGAGAUCCUUUUCCAGGUUACUGGAGAGGAAUACACAGUAGUGAAGAAGACCUCUAGUGAGCGCUGUCAGGCCCGUGUGUUUGAAGGAUGGAGAAGAACCUGGGACACAAUCUCUGGGCGAACACAUCACCUCUUGAUACUUGAGAAACUCAACAAUGAGAAGAUCCUAGAAUUCACCAAGAAGAUAUUUGCGCUUCUGACUGGAGAGGUUCCUAUAAGAUGUCAGGAUGUCGCCGUCUAUUUCUCCAUGGAGGAGUGGGAGUAUUUAGAAGGACACAAAGAUCUGUACAAGGAUGUCCUGAUGGAGUAUCACCAGCCCCUCACAUCAUCAGUUAAAGAAGAGAGAACAACACUGGAGAGAUGUCCUAGUCCUCUUGUUCCACAGGAUGGUUUAGAAGAACAUCACAAUGAUCAGCCUUUAAAUCCAGGUAAAGAUCUGAACAAUAUUAAGGCUGAAGAUACAUAUGUGAGGAGUGAUGAGCAGAUCAUAGAGGACAUUCCUACAGAUAACCACCCAGAUGACUGUACCAGGAGCUCAGAGGAACAUAUAAUAUAUUCAGAUUUUAAAACAGAUGAGUCUGGUGUCACAGAAGAUACACGUGAAGAGCAUGGCAUUAUCUCAGAUGUAUCCUCAGCCUUUCACAGCAAAGAUCUGUCGUCUGAUCUUUUGGAUGGAUUUAAAUCUUCUGAUUUAUCACAGAUUGUUAAGCAAAAUAAAAGUCACAGAAGAAGUGUUCAACAUCAAAAAACUCACACAGGAAAGAAGACCUUUUCAUGCUCAGAAUGUGGGAAAUAUUUUAAAUGCAAAUCAGCUCUUGUUAUACAUGAGAGAAUUCACACAGGGGAAAGGCCAUUUUCAUGCUCAGAAUGUGGGAAAUGUUUUUACUGCAAAUCAGCUCUUGUUAUGCAUGAAAGAAUUCACACAGGGGACAAGCCAUUUUCAUGCUCAGAAUGUGAAAAACGUUUUAGCUGUAAAGCAGAUCUUGUUAACCAUCAAAGAGUUCACACAGGGGAGAAGCCAUUUUCAUGUUCAGAAUGUGGGAAAAGUUUUAGAACUAAAGCACAGCUUGUUUUGCAUGAGAAAAUUCACAAAGAGGAGAAGCCAUUUUCAUGCUCAGUAUGUGGUAAAUGUUUUAAACAUAAAUCAUAUCUUGUUCUGCAUGAGAGAAUUCACACAGGGGAGAAGCCAUUUUCAUGUUCAGAAUGUGGGAAAUGUUCUAGAACUAAAUCAGAACUUGUUACACAUCAACGAAUCCACACUGGGGUGAAGCCAUUCUCAUGUUCAGAAUGUGAAAAAUGUUUUAGCUAUAAAACACUACUUGUUAAACAUGAGAGAACUCACACAGGGGUGAAGCCAUUUUCAUGUUCAGAAUGUGGGAAAUGUUUUAGAACUAAAUCACUUCUUGUGCUGCAUGACAGAACUCACACAGGGGAGAAGCCAUUUUCAUGUUCAGAAUGUGGGAAAUGUUCUAGAACUAAAUCAGAACUUGUUACACAUCAACGAACUCACACAGGAGAGAAGCCAUUCUCAUGUUCAGAAUGUGAGAAAUCUUUCACAUAUAAAGCAGAUCUCGGUAAACAUCAGCUAAUUCACACAGGGGAGAAGCCAUUUUCAUGCUCAAAAUGUGAAAAACAUUUUAGCUAUAAAUCACUACUUGUUAAACACGAGCGAAUUCACACAGGGGUGAAGCCAUUUUCAUGUUUAGAAUGUGGUAAAUGUUUUAGAAGUAAAUCACAUCUUGUUAUGCAUGACAGAACUCACACAGGGGACAAGCCAUUUUCAUGCUCUGAAUGUGGGAAAUGUUCUAGAACUAAAUCAGAACUUGUUACACAUCAACGAAUCCACACAGGGGAGAAGCCAUUCUCAUGUUCAGAAUGUGGAAAAUUUUUCACAUAUAAAGCAGAUCUUGGUAAACAUCAGCUAAUUCACACAGGGGAGAAGCCAUUUUCAUGCUCAAAAUGUGAAAAACGUUUUCGCUAUAAAUCAAAUCUUGUUAGACAUGAGAGAAUUCACACAGGGGAGAAGCCAUUUUCAUGUUCAGAAUGUGAUAAAUGUUUUACAUAUAGAUCACAUCUUGUUAGACAUCAGACAAUUCACGCAGGGAAGAAGCCAUAUUCAUGUUCAGAAUGUGGAAAAUGUUUUAAUCGUAAAUCACAUCUUGUUAAACAUGAGAGAAUUCACACAGGUGAGAAGCCAUUUUCAUGUUCAGAAUGUGAGAAAUGUUUUACAUAUAGAUCCCAUCUUGUUAUACAUCAGACAAUUCACACAGGAAAGAAGUCAUUUUCAUGUUCAGAAUGUGGAAAAUGUUUUAACCGUAAAUCACAUCUUUUUAGACAUGAGAGAAUUCACACAGGGGAGACACAAUUGUCAUGUUCAGGAAGUCAGCUCUGAGAAUGUACCUUUACUUCUUGACUGACAGCCAGGCAAGAUGAGUAUGCAGGAAUCUGGCCCUGUUAAUUAAAGAGGAGAGGGAAGGGCUGGCAAAGGAAGCAGGAGAAGCAAGAAUGCACAGAGUAUCUUCGAACGAAGGAGAAAAACAAAACGAGCAGCACUCACCGAUUGUAGAAAGGUACACUUUAUUCCAUGGCAGGAGGGGGUGCAUUUGGUGCAAACACAGCAUUAAGCAACAGCCGUUUCGCGCGUGUGUGCGCUUCUUCUGGCUUUCCACUAUUGACGGGGUCACGGCACUUUUAAAUGUGCACAGGAAGCCGCAUCAUCGCAGUAAUUACUUACUUAAUCAACACCUGAAAUUCCACAACGGAGGGCAGGGAUUCUUGAUCGAUAGCGGGACCCCUUCAAUAGUGUAAAGUGCAAGUGCAACUACAUAAACCAAUAAAACAAUACAAAUACGAAAAUACAAUACAUACAGGAAUAAAUCAUUACAGAAAUAUGCUCAUGUCUAUUUUUUCAUUUAAUCCCAAGGGACCCAUUGCAUCUGUGCGUAGGAUCCACUUUGUUUCUCUUCUCAGAAGUUCCCUCUCUGUGUCUCCACCUCUCUCUGUGCGGUUAACUAUUUCAAAACCGGCAAAGGUUAAUACACUGGGAUUUCCAUGAUGUACCCUGUUCACAUGAUCUAUUAACCGCGGGACCCCCUUUCCUGUUUUUAAGGAAUUUAGGUGUUCACGGAAUCUUUCAAAUAAACAGCAGAUGGUU